AAAAAAAAAAAGAGACGCGGUCUCUACGUUGACUUUCCCCCUUCCCUAUCCAUUUCUCUCUAUAUAAACUUCCCUCGUAUACCUUCUCUACUUAUCUAUCAAAACAAAAGUUUCAAAUAAAAAAAAAACAGAGAGAUAAAAAAAAAUGGUUGAUACGGAUUGGAAGAGUAAGAUGGUGUCAUCAGAAUCACCUAAGCUUUCUUCAAAGCUCCACGUCACUAUCCCUUCGCCUUUCAAAGUCGUCGCCGUCUCGUCCCCCAUCUCAUGCUCCGCUCCAGCAGCUUGCUCCGCCUACGAGCUUUACCUCCGUCUCCCCGAGCUCAGAAGCCUCUGGUCAUCACGUGACUUCCCUCGCUGGUCAAACGAGCCUAUCCUCAAACCGUCUCUCCAAGCUCUGGAGAUCACUUUCCGAUUGGUUUUAUCCGUUUGCUCCGACGCGAGACCGUACAUCAACCACCGCGAAUGGAACCGGCGGUUGGACUCUCUCGUCACGAGUCAGAUCCAGCUCAUCGCAUCGAUCUGCGAAGAAGACGAUCAAUCAGCUCCGGUCUCAGAUGGAAGAAGCUCUCUUUGCCUGCUACCACAGCUCGCCACGUGGCGUAAAACGGAGUCCCUAGGGAAGAAGUUUUUGUGCACGAUCGAUAACGAGAUGCGUAGGUGCAAGUACACGCUCGGACUCGGAGAACAGAACGUCUCCAACAAACCGAAUCUCCGAUACGACGCCGUUUGCAAACCUAACGAUCUUUACAGACUCAAGGACAAUCCUUACGCGGAUCACGUGGAUAACGACGAGAAUCAAACGCUCUACGUCCUCCACCAGAUCCUCGAAUCGUGGAUCUAUGCUUCUCUAAACCUCCUGAACCGAAUCGACGAGAAUAUCAAUGAAGAGAGAUUUGGUAAGGCAUCGAGCGAUGUUUACUUGCUGGAGAGGAUCUGGAGGCUGAUGACGGAGAUCGAAGAUCUACACAUCCUAAUGGAUCCGGAGGAUUUUUUGAAACUGAAGAAGCAGUUACAAAUCAAAUCGACCGGUAAAAACGACGCGUUUUGCUUUAGGUCGAGAGGGCUAGUGGAGAUGACGAAGAUGUCGAAGGAUCUAAGGCAAAAGAUACCGAAGAUUCUAGAGGUUGAGGUUGAUCCCACGGGAGGACCGAGGCUGCAAGAGGCGGCGAUGAGGAUGUACGCGAGGAAGAAGGGAGAGUGCGAUAAGAUUCAUCUGCUUCAAGGGAUGCAGGCUGUGGAAGGUGCGGCCAAGAGUUUCUUCUUCGCGUAUAAGCAGUUAGUUGCGGUGAUGAUGGGAAGCAGUCAGGUGGAGAGUGACUCGCUGAGUCAGAUAUUUAUGGAGCCGACUUAUUAUCCGAGUCUUGACGCGGCAAAGACGUUUUUAGGGGAGUUCUGGGGUAACUUGGGAUGAAAGGAAGGAGGGAACAAGACAAUUCUUCUUUAAUACUGCUGUUUGUUUUAUAAAAAUUGGUGAUUAGAUGUAAGUUUGCUAAAGUUUUGGAACAUUUGAUGAUUCAUAUAUUUGAAUACAAUUUAUUUUUUUAUA